CUAUUUGAUGAGAGAGUGACGCUUGUAGGUCAUUGGUUUGACCUGUGGACUGACAAGCAGAGGAAAUUGUUUAUACACGGUAUUUUAACGCGCUGCAGCAAAUCACAGCUCAAGUUUACCCGGGAUUGGUUCACAGAGACUGUGCCGAUAGACAAGCUGGACUUCACCACCAUCCUGCCACGCUUCCUGUCACUAUAUAUCUUCUCGUUCCUGAGUCCCAGACUCCUGUCCUCAUCCUCUAAAGUCAAUUGGCACUGGAGAUUCCUGACGGAACAGGAUUGCCUGUGGAUGCCCAAGUGUGUGAAGCAGGGCUGGUUCCUGCCUUACAGCCCGACGGCGUACGAGUACGGGGCGUGGAAACGGCACUACAUCGCCUGUGUCCGCAGCCUGGACUACCUCACGCCAGGGGAGGCGGCCAAUGUGUACGGUGUCGUCACUGAACACAAAGAGGUCAUGGAGGAGAGGGAGGAGAGGCGAAACGAGAGGUGGCUAAGGCAGCAGAUCCAGGAGCGACUGACCCAACGGAAAAAGGAAUUGCUGUGCUCCCGACCACCCUGGCUGAGUGGGAAGUGGAAUGCCCGCCAGUUCAACACACGUCCACAUCACAGUCUGAUCUUCACAAGCUUGGAGCAGCCCAGAGUGAGCGGCAUGUCACUGUGUCUGAUGGAUGAUCAAACCCAUGCCGGUGUCCCUCUCUCCCACUUGCUGAGUGAAGAGGCCACGUCCUUCGUCUCGUGCAGCCGCGCUCUGGAGAGGCAGCGCAUGUUGGAAUCAUUGAGAACACUGGGGACUGGGAAGAACCUCACGGGGGGCAGUCCCUACCCCACCUUGCCCCAGACCAAUGCUGCCCUGCAAGAGGAGGGUGGCUCUAACUACCCGCGGGUGCUUCUCAUUUCGUCCAGGAUUCCGGCGUGGGAGAUGGCCCUGGACUGUGUGAGGAUUGAUGUGAUCCCCGUUGUGUAUGAGCACUGCGGAACAACACUGGACAGCCUCCUGUUUCGAGUCGAGCACGUUCUGAGAGGCCGGAGAGCGAGGAGCAUUGGAAUACUCGCUGAGGGAGACCCUACAGAGGUGGACUUGGUCCAAGGCUACAAAAUCAGCUCAAAGACUCUGCCAGAUGCUAAGAUACACGACUUCUGGGAGAACCUCGCUGGCUGUGUCUUAUCACAAGAAGACGGGGGCCACAUUCACAUCUUUGCACCUUUGGCUACAUCAGAGAUAGGAAUGGAACUCCUGUCCCAGCUCUCCUCACUGACUGGUGUACGUUAUAAUUCGCCUACAGGGAUGGUGACUGGAUCCUACCAACACGUCCUCAGUGAGUGGCUGUGGGAAGCCGAGGACCCGUCUCCCCCGACCCGCUACUUCAAUGAGAAGAAGCUGCAGGCGUGGACCAAGAUGGCCGAAGCGAGGGAGGAGGUCCUGGGACACGUGCGUGGGCAGAUGGAACCGCACCUCAGACAACUACAGCGGCACGUCUGUGGGAGGAUGAUCGGACAGCUAAUGUUUGACUCAAUGAGCGCGGCUGAGGUCCAGCAAAACCAAGAUGUUGCACAAGUCUUAACUGAUGGACUUACCUUAAUGUCAAGGGAAAAACAG